UCUGCGGAAGUGUAGUGGCCACGCAGGCGGCUGAGACAGGUAACCUGCGGCUCAGCUGUCACUCAAGCUGCUCCUGGUUCCGCUGCCCCGCGACCUCUGGUGGGGUGAGCCCAUGGGAUCCUGUACGACCUGUCGUGAGUGAGCCCGUGGGAUCCUAGUUCAACCUCUUGUGGAGUGAGCGCGUGCGAUCUCUCCGACCUGCCGUGGGGUGAGCCAGUGGGGUGCUGUCCACGGAGACUGUCAGCGUCAUUACCGCUUUGCGCCUUUCUAGCAGGCGACAGUAAACUGCGAAGGUGGUGCUCAGGGAAGUCACAACGGCCUGCGGUUUUUAAAGGGAAUUGAAAGUUGUGGAAAUGUAACUUGUGACAGUGGGUGCUUCUUAUUUGGUAAGCCAGCCAAUUUUGAUUCUGAAGCCUCAGCUAAGAGGCUGCCAACUGCAGACUGCACCAUGGACAUAAAGCUGGACCCUUCCCGGGAUGAUCUGCCUCUCAUGGCCAACACUAGCCACAUACUUGUGAAGCACUACAUAUUGGAUUUGGAUGUGGAUUUUGGAAGUCGAGUCUUUGAGGGCACCAUAGUGCUUUUCUUUGGAGAUGGAAACCAAUUUAAAAAACAGAUGAGUUCCACCCAGGAAACCUUUCAGAUGGAGUCAGAGGAAGCCUACACAUUUAGGACAGCUGAACCCUGCCAUGUUCCUGAGAUGGAUGCAAGUACUUUCUCACCUAAGAUGGGGUAUAGAGAAUCUGCAGUCUGUGGUAAAGGUGAUCAAGAUGCCUUUGGUGGUGAUGGUAACCAUGACAACCAGGAACAUGAUUCUGAGAUCUCUAGCUCAAAGUACCGCUGUGAAACAGGGAAUCAUGGGAAAGAGGAUUUCUUGCUAGUGUUGGACUGCUGUGAUUUAUCUGUGAUAAAGGUAGAGGAGGUAGAUGUGGCUUCUGUGCCAGGCCUUGAGAGAUUUACAAAGGCUUCCAAGCUCGCAGCUACUCCUGAGAAGCUCCGGCGUGAGAUUGUCCGUGACCUUGUGGCCCUGCCUGCAGAUGGUUGGAGGGAGCAGUUAGACUGUUACACUCGCUGCAGCAAGGCCCCUGGCUGUGGGGAGCUCCUCUUUGACACUGACAAUUGGAGCAUACAGAUCAGGAAGAUGGGGGUUCAGACAGCUGCAGAUUUUCCUCGUGCCAUCAGGAUACAGUAUAAAACUAAACCCGAGGGGCAGUCAGUGACUUGGACCUCUGACCAGAGUGGCAGGCCAUGUGUUUAUACUAUGGGAUCUCCCAUCAACAACAGGGCCCUUUUUCCAUGCCAGGAACCACCUGUUGCCAUGUCAACAUGGCAGGCUACCGUUCGAGCAGCUGCAUCUUCUGUUGUUUUAAUGAGUGGGGAAGAUUCUGCCAAGCCCACACUGCUUCAUGAAGGAUACAUGAGCUGGUAUUACUAUGUGACCAUGCCAAUGCCGGCCUCCACCUUCACCAUUGCAGUGGGGUGCUGGAAAGAAAUAAAGCCCAGGACAUCCCCAUCCAUUGACCUAGUGGCUGAACGUCCCCGCCCUACCCCACCUUUGGAGGCUGACUUCAGGUAUGCUGACACCUGCAGUCAUGAAGAAUACCCAUGCCGAUUCCAGAAGGCUUCUGCUGCCACCCAGGAGAUCAUUCCUCAUCGAGUGUUUGCCCCAGUGUGCCUUGAGGGUGCCUGCCAGGAGACCCUGCUGUGGCUAAUCCCUCCUUGUCUCUCUGCUGCACACUCCAUCCUGGGAACACACCCUUUUUCCCGGCUGGACAUCCUCAUUGUCCCUGCCAACUUUCCAAGUCUGGGAAUGGCCAGCCCACACAUCAUCUUCCUCUCUCAGAGCACCUUAACAAGCAUGAGCCAUCUCUGUGGGACCCGUCUUUGUCAUGAAAUUGCUCAUGCCUGGUUUGGCCUAGUCAUCGGGGCCCGAGACUGGACAGAGGAGUGGCUCAGUGAAGGGUUCGCCACUCACUUGGAAGACAUAUUUUGGGCUGAAGCUCAGCAGCUACCCCCACAUGAGGCCCUGGAGCAACAAGAGCUGAGGGCUUGCCUGCACUGGCAUCGCCUGCAGGAUGAGCUUCGGAACUCCCCAGAGGAAAUGCAGGUGUUAAGACCCAACAGAGAGGAGACUGGCCAUGUGAGUGCUUCAGGCGCCUCUGUUGUCAAGCAUGGACUCAAUCCAGAGAAGGGCUUCAUGCAGGUUCAUUACUUAAAGGGCUACUUCCUCCUUCGCUUCCUAGCCAGAACACUUGGAGAAGAAACUUAUUUUUCAUUUUUAAGAAAAUUUGUGCACCUGUUUCAUGGACAGUUGAUUCUUUCCCAGGAAUUCCUUCAAAUGCUGUUGGAAAGCAUUCCAGAAGACAAAAGGUUCGGCCUGACCAUUGAGAACAUCACCCAUGACUGGCUUGAGUGUUCCGGAAUACCUAAGGCGCUGCAGGAGGAGCGCCAGGCCGAGGACUGCGCGCGGAGUGGACUGGCACGGCAAGUGGGCUGUGAGGUGGCGAAAUGGAUUCGAGUGAACCGCAGACCCCGAAAACGCAAGCGAGGGAAGCGAGAAGCCGCCUUUGAAAAGCUUUCUGCGGACCAGCUCGUCUUGCUUUUGGAUUGUCUCUUAGAACAAACGACCCUGAGCCCCCAGACACUGCAUUGUCUCCAGCAGACGUACCACCUCCAGGAGCAGGAUGCAGAGGUUCGACACCGAUGGUGUGAGCUGGUUAUUAAGCACAAGUACACAGACGCAUAUGAGCAGGUGGAGAGGUUCCUCCAGGAGGAUCGGGCCAUGGGCAUAUACCUGUAUGGGGAGCUGAUGGUGAAUGAGGAUGCCAGGCAGCAGCAGCUUGCCCACAAGUGCUUUGAGCUGGUGAAGGAACACAUGGACAGAGCCUCAGCGCAGGUGGUGACCGAAAUGCUGUUUUAAAGAGAAUUGCUGGGGACCACCAUCACCAGGCAGGGGAGACAUGGGGUGUGGUACGCGAUGGCAGAGCUGUGAAGGUGGACUGUGUAAACAGGCAGAAGCAGUCGGGCGUCUCUCCACCUGCCUCCUGCAGGCAUUUCUCCAUACACUUACGCUCAGGGAGAAUUGUGUGUGGGAUUACCACGCAACCAUGACCUUGGCUGCUCCUGCAGAACCGUGGCUACUUUAUCUCUGCAGUUCGGAGAACAGAUGCACCUUGUGGCUUUUUGGAAACAAAGGAAGCCAACAGCCUUCGAAGAUGCUCACCAGCCCUUUAGUUAUGGCCGGCGAUGACCUCUCUAACAAGGUGCAGAGCUUAGCUGAUUGGUGAACAGUGAUUGGUUUCCGCUUUGUUCACAGUGGCUAAGUUCUGCACCUGAAGAGAAGGUGAGAUGGGGACAGUUAAGUUGCUGCCGGGCAGAGGCCAUUGCUGCCAGGUGUGGCCACGGCUGGUGGUCAGCUUGGUUUGGAGCCAAGUUCCAGAGGAGGAGAGACCAGCCUGCCCCAAGGGUGUGUUAAUCAAGAGUGCAAGCAGUGUGCUGACCACCCUUCAGUGCGUCUACAGAACAUACAGAUCUGCUAACUAGGUCACUGUAAUGUCAAGCGCAUUGGAAAUCCCAGAAAACUAACACCAGACGCAUCGUGAAAAUUGAGCCAACCAUGACUCAGCUGAUGCCACUCUUGAGGGGGGAUUCUGUUGUCUGUGCCGGGCGUGGUGAACUCUCUCUUGUA